AUGCCUCGCGCGUCAAAUUCAGCAAAGCGACACCAGGCAGCGAGCAACCAGCGCGACACCCGCCACGAGAAUGGCCUGGUAGGCCCCGGCAAGCGCGUCAUCAAGCGAAAGAGCCAAACCCAGCUUGAUGACGGCCCCAGGCUCGCCGUCGACAGCGCCUCGGUGCCGCCCGUCCCCCCUCUUCCCACUACUCUGAAUGGUUUCGCCACACAUCUCGACGACAUGGCUCCCGAGCACAGAGCGACCGAGCUGCUGCGCCGCGGCUCCCUCGGGACCUACUCCGAGUCCUCGUCGACCGAUUCGCUCCCCGCCCCUUCCACGCAUGAUGUCUCCGAAGGAACCCAUCGGCGGAUCGAUGUCAACGAUGCGAAGAAUACCAAUGUGCACCGCGACCCGGGACCCCUGGAUCUUGCCAUCACCGUGCUCCGGUCCUGCCCCCUCGCCGAUACCAUUGCCAUCUUGAUCAUCCUCAUGCAGGCGUCGCCCGCCGUCUUGGCCACCAUCUACAUGCUCUUCACUGUUCUCACUUUCGUCCCGCCGGUGACCACCAGUUCGGGUCUCAGCUUCACCGAGAUCUUUGACGGCAGCCAGGGCAUCCCCUCCUUGUGGACGUUGAUCUGGAUGGAUGUUAUUAUGUUGCUCAUCUGGCUGUUUCUCUGGGCGCCCGUUCAGCAGUUCAUACUAGAUCUCGCCCAGGUCGUCAUAUCGUAUACAUUAGGGGGUGGGGGCACGUCUAGGCAAGGAACGACCCCUGGCAUUGUGCUCUGUGUUGGCAUUGUCGGCGUUACGCAUUGGAUCCAAAAAUGGAAUGGGCUGUCUCGGUUUACAACGAUAUUUGGUUCGAGUCGUCUUCUAACUUCCGACGCGGAACCCAGUCUACGGAUGUUCGAUAAGAAGGGUCCGUAUGGAUGGGUGAGGAGCGUCUUGGCGAUCCACAUCCUCACACAAGGCAUUGUUCGAUGCAUCCGAGAAUGGUAUUUGCGCAGGGAACGGCGGGAUUUGCAGUCGCAAGGCCUUCUAGACCCGGAGUCGGGCAAGUCGGUGCCGUUCCCGGGGGAAGGCUGUUCUGAUGUCGCCCUCAUGGCGGCCGACAGUGACGCUCACUUACAGACAAGCGCAGCCCAUCUCACGAGCAAAAAAAGGCGGAAACAGAGCGCCCAGGUCAGGAUCAAGCAGCCGCUCUGGGCGGCACUUGCUAGCACCAAGAUUGUCAUGGUCAAGGAAUACGAGUUGUCGCACGCAGCAAGCGAGUCGGCCGGCUCCAACGCCACGGACAUCCACAAUCUCGGCAACGCGCCCUUUCACACCCAACCUGAACAAGUCUGGAUCUGCUACGUCGGCUGCGACGAGGUCUGCUUCAACACCAGCCACUUCCCGGAUGUUGAGGACGUGGAGGAUGACGAGGCGCCGCAGGAGAGGAAGCUGGGGAUCGACGCAUCCAAGCCAUUCUACGUUCGAGUCAACAAGGCUAUUUGGCAGCCAACGCGCAUCAUACCAAUCGAAAACCCCGAGGAGGAAAACUACGAAGGCACGCGCUGGACCGGCGAUAUUUAUGGUCUUACCCCUCUAUCCAACUACGAAUGCGAGUUCAUCAGCACGCGGACGGGUGAGGUGCUCUUCUCGACAAGCAUCCGAACCGUCCCAGCCAAGAGCAAGGACCCCGAAGCUCCUCCCACAAACAAGCCGCGGUCCCAUUCGCGCCAUGACUCUCCAGCCACGACACUUCGAGCCUCGAUUGCAGCAGCCGAGGUGAAGCUGGCCGACGAAAAGGCUCGCCUCAAGGCUGUUCGGAAGGACAAUAACCGAAAGCUAAACGCUACCCGGAAGGAGAUCGAGAAGCUCACAUCAGCAGUUCAAUCAGCCGGGGGUGACGACGAGAAAUUGCGGCAGAAGAUCGCUCAGAACAAAAUCCAGGAGAAACGUGCCGAAGAAUCCACCUGCGAGCUUGAAGUCCAGCUCAAGGAACUUGAGGCAGUGCCGGAGAAGUUGGUCAAGGAGCACCGCGCGAAGCAUGACGAGUGGACGUCGGAAAAGACCAAGUUUGACAAGGCCCGCGCAUCGUUCAAGAGUUUCAAGUCGUCAAUCGACAAGCAGAUCAAGUCCCUGGACGAGGAGAAGGCCAGCCUACAGGCGAAGAGGAACAAGAUCGCCGCCCGCAUCGCCAAGGUCGACGACGAGCACGCGCGGAUAACAGAUGCCAAUGCGAGGGGGCUGAAUGAGGCCGAGCGGCGUCGUCAGGAGCGCGCCAACCUCGCCGCGGAACUGGCGAGGGCCGAGCAGAAUCUCCGAGACAGAGUCCAGGCCCUGCGCCUCAACAACGCCACCAAGCAAGCCCAAGUCCACGCCAUGGCAGCUCACAUGCAGGAGUACCUAGCCAGCUUCCAAAAGGAGCCCACCUACGAGAUGGGCCCGCAGCCGAACCACUUCUCGUCCGCCGGGCCCUGGGCGACCAUCCCCGCCCCGCAGUUCAACGCGCCGCAGCAGCCCGUCUGGCCACCAGUGUCGAUGCCCAUGUCCACCCAAGCCACGCCCCUCAUGGCCCACGCCCAGCUCUCCCUCUCCACCUUCUCGACCCCGAUGCAAGCCGCCCUCAGCACCCCGCCGCAGCCCCACAGGAUGCGCGGCCGCUCCUCGUCCAUGCUCAGCGACGUCUCGGGCUUCACCCAGUCCACCGACGAGGACGAGCACGCCAGCGGAAGCGGCAGCGGCAGCGGCGGGAGCGGCAGCCUCAACAACGCGAGCACCGUCGUCGGCGCCCCCAUCGGCCACCACCACCACCACCACCACCACCACCACCACCGUGGCGGCGGCCUCCUCGGCGGCAGCAGCAGCAGCGGUGGCGGCGGCGCGUAUGCGGCCGCUCCGGCCGGCACGAUCGCCAGGCCCCCGCCGGGCUUCCACGUCAAGAGCGGGUCUGCGUUUGGGUCGGGGUCGUCCGGGUCCGGGUCUGGGUUCGGGUCCGGCUCGGGCCGCAGUAGCGUGCGGUCGGGCAGCGGCAGCGGCGCGUCUCUGGGCGAGGCCGUUAGUCCGGUAUGA